AUGCAUUCUGUAAAGUUGCUGUCAGGAUAUAAUAUGCCCACUGUAGGUCUAGGAACGUGGCAGGCUAAACCAGAAGAAAUUGAAACUGCUGUAAGUACCGCUCUAGAAUGUGGUUACAGACAUAUCGACACAGCAAGAAAUUAUAAUAAUGAAAGUGCAAUUGGCAAAGCUUUAAAAAAAUGGUUUGACAAAGGUGGUACCAGAGAAGAACUUUUUAUUACAACAAAGUUGCCUCAUUUUGGCAACCGACCCUGUGAUGUAGAAAAGUUCAUUAAACUGUCACUGGAGAUGCUUGGAUUGGAUUAUUUAGAUAUGUACCUCGUACACAUGCCCUUUGCAUUUAAACUAGAUCAGGAAACAGAUGCCGCAGCAAUUGACAAGGAUGGGAAUCACAUACUUGAUUUUAAUACAGAUCCUAUUUUAGUAUGGAAGGUAUAA